AUGCCGGAUAUUGAAUCCGAUAUUGAAUCUGAUAAUGAGUCUUCGUUCGAGUUUCUAAAUGAUUCGUAUGAGAGAGAGCGGGCAAUUGCAGCCAGAGCCGGUUGCGCUUUUCUCAUAAUCCCAAUUAUUUUCCUUCUUUCAGUAGUCAUGGCUUUGGCCACCAUUUUUAUUAUUGAAACAUUUCAAUUGAAAUCCAUCAAUCGUGCCUAUGAGACCGAGAAAUUCAACAGAACCGAGUUCAAGAACAUAAAAUGUUUGGAGGAUAUCCCAGAAGAAAUAAUGAGCAAAUGGACUCCAGAUGAGUGGGAAUUCCGAGGAGUCGAGCAAUUCAUACUCGACAAAAGCUUUGAUGAAGAUGUUCACUGGUUUCUGCGCAAGGCUCAUCCACUUCUCACUAAAUUAUCUGAAGAUUAUCAAAUGCAAUUUCAAUGGGUAAAGGAGGAACUUGCUUUAAAUUCUAUUCUGCUGGAAGGACCAUGUGUCUACACCGUUGAGGAUGGCAGUACGAAGGUGUUUGUGAAGGAAGGACUGCUGUAUGUCAAAUCAAAGUAUUCUUACAAGAAGGAAAAGAAAGAAUUCACACUGGUCUACAGUAUUCCAAAGGGGUAUCAAUGA